AUCUUCACAACAGCUUUAAACUCAAACAUUUAUGCAUUAAAUGUUCGUAGUGGACGCACACAGAUCAAUAAACAGUCUGAUGGCGCCAUCUGCUGGACAGUAGUAUGAUCGUAACCUGCAGUUCUGACUGCAUGUGACAUAUUCUGAACAUAUUACUGAACUUACACGCACACGCACACACACACACAAGACGUCAUCCUCACAUCAGUAUUUUAACACAUUCAUUGCUAUUUUAACUAAAACACAGUUUCCUUAAAAUCUGUAAUGUAACCAUUCUUCUAACAGAGGUUUUAAAUUAGGUGUACAAUAAUCUAGUCACUGUCUCGAGCGUGCGCGCACGCGAUCCGUUAUUUUCCGGGUUGUGCUCGCUCAGCGGUAGAGGCGGCUCUUCCUCUCCUGCAGCUGCCAGCUGACACUAACACUGAGGAGGUGAGGUCAAAUUUGACUCUCUCUCUCUCUCUCUCUCUCUCUCUCCCUCUCUUCCUCUCUCGCUGUCCGUCAGUCUGAGAGAGAGGCUGCUAACUAGCGCAGCAUCAUCAUCUUCAUCAUGGCGGAUCAAGGCGACUGUACAGCUCCUGUCCACCACCCGCAACCACCGCUGACAACCAGCUGGCCAAUUACCCGGGAGUCCUACGAGCUGCAGGAAGUCAUAGGCAGCGGGGCCACAGCUGUUGUGCAGGCAGCCCUCUGUACCCCCAGACAGGAGCGUGUAGCCAUAAAGAGAAUUAACCUGGAAAAAUGCCAGACCAGCAUGGAUGAACUAUUGAAAGAAAUUCAAGCCAUGAGUCAGUGCAACCAUCCCAAUGUUGUCACAUACUACACCUCCUUUGUUGUGAAGGAUGAACUCUGGUUAGUCAUGAAGCUUCUGAGCGGGGGAUCUAUGCUCGAUAUAAUUAAGCACAUAAGCAAAGAAGAUGAUAAAAAUCGAGCUUUAGAAGAGCCUAUUAUUGCCACUAUAUUAAAAGAAGUUCUGGAGGGUCUGGACUAUCUACACAGAAACGGACAAAUUCACAGGGAUGUGAAAGCUGGGAACAUACUACUGGGGGAAGACGGAUCUGUUCAGAUUGCAGAUUUUGGAGUGAGUGCAUUUUUAGCUACAGGGGGUGACAUGACUAGAAACAAAGUUCGAAAGACCUUUGUUGGCACACCAUGCUGGAUGGCACCAGAGGUGAUGGAACAGGUUCGGGGCUAUGAUUUUAAAGCAGAUAUAUGGAGUUUUGGAAUUACAGCGAUUGAAUUGGCGACAGGCUCUGCCCCCUAUCACCGCUACCCUCCCAUGAAAGUUUUAAUGCUUACCCUUCAGAAUGAUCCACCCACUCUAGAGACAGGUGUUGAGGACAAGGAAACUUUAAAAAAAUAUGGCAAAUCAUUUAGAAAGCUAAUAUCUAUGUGCCUUCAGAAGGAUCCUGUCAAAAGGCCUACAGCCGCAGAGCUUUUGAAGUGCAAAUUAUUCCAAAAGGCCAAGAACAAAGAAUAUCUGGUGGAGAAGCUUUUGAGUCAUGCACCAAAGAUUUCUCAGAGAGCGAAGAAGGUCAGGAGAGUCCCCGGCUCCAGUGGCCACUUGCACAAAACAGAGGAUGGAGACUGGGAGUGGAGUGACGACGAAAUGGACGAGCGCAGCGAGGAAGGCAGAGCAGCGGUAAAUCAGGGCAGGUCACGAAGGGUCAAAGAUGACGCCAAAGAUAAUGAGGAGGAUGCCAACAAUGUCCCUAUUGAAGGCUUGUCUAUUCAGCAUCCCCAGGUUGAACCGUAUGAGAAUACACCCUUCAUUCAAGGUGCUGUGAACAUGGUACUACGGCUAAGGAACUCCAAAAAGGAGCUGAAUGACAUCCGGUUUGAAUUUACUCCUGGGCGAGACACUGCUGAUGGGGUUUCCCAGGAACUGUUCUCAGCUGGACUGGUCAAUGGGCACGACGUUGUUAUUGUUGCUGCUAACCUUCAAAAGAUUGUAGAUGACCCAAUUACCUACAAAGUACUGACCUUUAAGCUGGCUUCCAGCUGUGAUGACACGGAGAUCCCUGAUGAAGUGAAGUUGAUCGGCUUUGCGCAGCUCAGUGUUAGUUGAUGCUCUCUUCGUGACUGCAGCAGGUGAGACAGGGAAGACAGUUCAGGGCAGACAGACUGAGGAACACUCCACCACUUCCUGCAGUAUCUUCCCUUCCUCACUUCCUGACUCCGCCUCACCUUCCCCGAUGCCCAUCUCUGCCACCACCCUCGUUAGCGCCGGCUUCCCUGCUUACUGUCCUAUCUUUAAACUUAACGACAUUCCACUGCCCAGCGCACAGCCGAGGAACCUAAAGAUGUACUCAGGUGGCAAAAGAAGGUGAUUAAGAUGUAGCUUUGAAUGUUCUAUUUAUUUAUUUCUUGAACUCGUUUUUGUUUUACAUCACAUUACCUCUGUGUUCAGCAAAGCUCUCAUUAUUUAUUGAAAUGAGAAGGGUUUUUUUCUUCCCAUGCUGAUUUGUUGCCACAGUGAAAACAAAUUUGCUUUGACUCACAUCUCACAAACGCACUCAUUCGAGAAGUUUCCCUGAGGUCUGUGUCAGAAUGUACGAUUACGUUAAUUUAUGGGAAAAAGCACAUUUUCAUAAGAACAUAAUGAAUGUCAAAAGAGAAUGAAUUGUAUUUCCAUAUUAAGACCUGUUUCACAUUAACAACCAUUUGCUUGAGUGUGCAGGAAAAAAAAGGAGACCUGGAUGCUACUGUGUAUAAUUUGCUGCUCUCAACAGUGUUAAUGCUUCAAAAUGCUAGAGGUGCCUUGUUCAUUUUUCUGUGCCUAAGAAAGUAGUCGAUAAAUGAGACCGCACAAAGAGGGGGAACCUGCUGAUUGCCAUUUCACCAGUGUAUUAUUCCAGCAAUGACACAAUUCAAGUGAAGUAUCUUAACUUAAUGAGGCAAGCUAAAAUGCACUUUUGGGCUGAAUGCGUGGACCUGACAAACAGAUGCUUAGCCCCGGGAGACAAGUUAAUUUAUGUGCUUCUGUCGUCAGACGAACACACCGUAACAGGACCUGCAGUCAUAUAAUCUGUUCUUGUUGAUGGGUUUUCAGAUGCUAAUCAACAAAACACAAUGGUUGAAUUUCCUUGCUCUGUCCUGCUGCACUACAAAACUUUUUCGUUCCCCGAAACAUCAUAGUUACUAAAAUGUACUGGAUGACGAUGCUUCUGAAGAUGAAACCAAACGGCAACUGCUGAAAAAGUGACGAGCCAUUUGUUUGUCCAAACAAGUCCAGUAGCUCUAAAUUAUUUUUUAGGUAUUGAGGUGGUAAAUAUUAACUUCUACUAAAUUCUUUAUUUUAUGAAGUAAUUUAUUGUGUUUUCUAUGUACAGUUCUGUGUACCAUUUCAACAUAUUACCCCUGUUCCUUCUGUAAUCAGCUGAUGUCAAGUUUCGGAUUAAGAGCAACCAAUAAAGAA